ACCCUCCCCUCCUCUCUGAUUGUUAGUUUGUACUAGUUUCUUGGCUUCUACCAACCCAGGAGCAGAACCCACCAUCUCUCCGUCUCUGAGUGUCUGGUAGCUCUCCCUCUCUUGCUGGGGUCGCAAAGCCCAGAGCCAUGUGUCGUUUAGCUAGCUCUCCUGCCUGUAAAUGCCACUUAGAGCAACCUUACCUUCCCAGGACCAAAUAUCAGGAACCCGACAUGUUAACUCCGUUGAUCCCCAAAAGCCCAACAUCUCAGCAACCCCUCCCCCACCUACAAGAAGAAGAAGAAGAGAAAACACAAACACGAACAGAGACACAUACACAAACACAAACUGAUGGUGAAAAACCAUCCAGUACUUCUUCUUCUUCUUCUACUAAUACGACCCACCUCUCACUUUCCAUUAAAGAAGCCAAGUCCAUAGCCCACAUAGCUUUUCCCAUGAUACUCAUGGGCUUGUUACUCUAUUCUCGCUCCAUGAUUUCCAUGCUCUUCCUCGGCCGUCUCGGUGAGCUUUCCUUGGCCGGCGGGUCACUUGCCAUUGGCUUCGCCAACAUCACCGGUUACUCAAUACUCUCUGGUCUCGCCAUGGGAAUGGAACCCAUUUGUGGGCAAGCCUUUGGUGCGAAAAGGCAUACUCUCCUUGGCCUCUCCUUGCAGAGAACUGUGCUUCUCCUUCUAGUCUCCUCAAUCCCCAUCGCCUUCCUUUGGGUGAAUGUGGAAAGAAUUCUAAUUUAUUGUGGUCAGGAGAUGGACAUAGCCAGGGAAGCCCAAUCCUACAUUCUGUAUUCUCUUCCUGACCUACUCGCCCAAUCACUUCUCCACCCACUUCGAAUCUAUCUCCGAAGUCAAUCCAUAACACUUCCUCUAACCUGCUGUGCCACCCUGGCAAUCCUCUUUCACAUACCCAUUAAUUACUUUCUUGUUUUCAUACUCAAACUUGGUAUCAAAGGUGUAGCUUUGAGCGGCGUUUGGACCAACUUCAACCUGGUUGGUUCCUUGAUCGUUUAUAUCUACAUUUCGGGUGUAUACAAGAAGACCUGGGGAGGUAUCUCCAGGGAAUGUUUAAUGGGCUGGAAAUCGCUUCUCAAUUUGGCUAUCCCAAGCUGCAUUUCAGUCUGUCUCGAAUGGUGGUGGUACGAAAUCAUGAUUGUGUUAUGUGGGUUGAUGUUGAAUCCCAGAGCAACAGUGGCUUCAAUGGGUAUUCUGAUUCAAACAACCGCGUUAAUCUACAUAUUCCCAUCUUCUCUGAGCUUCAGUGUAUCCACAAGAGUGGGUAAUGAAUUGGGUGCGAAUCGCCCAAAAAAAGCAAAGCUUGCGGCCAUCGUUGGCAUCGCUUGCAGCUUCUUUUUGGGGUUCUCAGCAUUGAUGUUUGCUGUUUCGGUGAGAUCAGUAUGGGCAAGGAUGUUCUCCCAUGAUACAGAGAUCAUCGCCUUAACUUCCUUAGUUUUGCCCAUAAUUGGACUAUGCGAGCUUGGGAACUGUCCACAGACAACAGGGUGUGGGGUAUUGAGAGGAACUGCGCAACCAAAGGUGGGAGCAAAUAUCAAUCUGGGAUCAUUCUAUCUGGUCGGGAUGCCGGUGGCAGUGGGAUUGGGGUUCUUUGCUGGUUUCGAUUUCAAGGGUCUAUGGCUGGGGCUCUUGGCUGCACAGUUGUCGUGUAUGAUGCUGAUGAUGUUGGUGUUGAGUAGAACUAAUUGGGAACUGCAAGCCCAGAAGGCACAAACGCUGACAGGAGCUUCUGAAGGUGAUGAUCAUGUCAGGGAUGAAGAAGUUAAAGAUUCCUCAGCCAACAUUAUAAAAUUAAAUGAAGAGGAAUUACCAGUUUAAUCUCUUAAUUUAAAUUUUAACCCCAUUCCUCCCCUGUUCAUAAUUUGCAGUCUUUAAUUAAAUUAGUUUUAGAUGCUAGCUGUAUUCGUUCUUUGUUUGAAAUUAAUUCUU